AUGGCAACUGCCCCAGACACACCCUGCCUUUCUGAGCUUGGGGCACUCCUCUCCAGGAACAAAAGCGUCAUCACCCAACCCUGUAACCAGAGCACUGUGAAGAUCCCUCACUACUCGCCACAAGCCACUGCUGCCAUUGCUGUUUCGAUCACAUUUAUGAUGAUAGUGACUAUUGUGGGUAACAUUUUAGUUAUUAUUGCUGUACUCACAUCUCGGUCUCUAAAAGGGGCUCAGAACCUGUUCUUGGUGUCUUUGGCUGCGGCGGACAUUUUAGUGGCAACUCUUAUAAUCCCCUUCUCUCUGGCCAAUGAGCUGCAGGGACACUGGGCAUUCAGUUCACUUUGGUGUGAGAUCUACCUAGCAUUGGACGUUCUCUUCUGCACUUCCUCCAUUGUGCACCUAUGUGCCAUAGCACUUGACCGCUACCUUUCCAUCUCUAGGCCUGUAUCCUAUGGCACCAAACGCACCCCUAAACGUAUUAAGGCAGCUAUUGUUAUUGUUUGGCUCAUAUCUGCUGUAAUAUCAUUCCCACCGUUACUUACAUUGGACAAGAGUGAAGGAGGUGAAGAAGUGUGUGAACUAAAUGAUGAGCGCUGGUACAUCCUCUACUCAACGAUUGGUUCUUUCUUUGCACCCUGUGUUAUCAUGAUUCUUGUCUAUAUAAGAAUCUAUCAGAUUGCCAAGAAGCAUACCCGCUGUCCACCUGGUAAAAACCACAAGCCUGUGCCAGGAUCUGCUGCAGCCCAUGAGCAUGUGCAAAGGGCAGCUGAGGCUGGACAACAGAAUGGAGAUAAGCAGGACUUUAAUGGAAGCCAACAGCAAAAGGUUCUGAAUAAGAUAACUCAUUUAGAUUCUACCCUGACAUCACAAAGUAAAAUGCUUGUAAACAUUACAAAGCAGGAUGCUCAACAAAAUCCAAAUUCAAGUACUGCUGCAAUCCUGAAAUCCCCCUCCUCCCCUUCAAUCCCCCAACACGACAGCCAAAUCCUUUCAGCUGUUCCUCCCAAAGACGUGGAGGAAGACAAAGCAGACAAGGUGUCUGGCUCUGGCCCUGAGGUGGAAUUGCAAAUGGGAGGGAAAAUUAAUGAUGAUGAAGAAGAGGAAAAAGAAACCCCAACAAUGAAAACCAGUGAGCAGGGUCUGGUAUUUUCCAGAACUAAAGGAUUCAAAAUACACGUUCUAAACUUGGCAUGUAGAUACAAACACACCAUGGCCACACAGACUGGUUCCAAAGUGGUGGUAGAGGAGAGUCCAAACAUCCAAGGAACUCCAACCUCACGCCGCAAAGCUAUGGUAAACAGAGAGAAGCGUUUCACCUUUGUUCUAGCAGUGGUCAUGGGGGUCUUCGUCAUCUGCUGGUUCCCAUUCUUCUUCACUUAUUCCCUGCAGGCUGUAUGUCCAGAGACCUGCACCAUUCCUAACCCCCUAUUUAAGUUCUUCUUUUGGAUAGGUUACUGCAACUCCUGCCUCAACCCGGUCAUUUACACUAUAUUUAACAAGGACUUUAGGAGAGCUUUUAAGAGGAUACUGUGCAGAGACACUAAGGGUACAUUUUUCUAG